GCCCUUCGCUGCUGCUUGCCUGCAUCACACAAACGCCAUCUUUAGCUGACUGACAAACUAUUGAAGCAGCGCAGUGAGACGAAUCUGGGUCACGCGUUCCAAGACGGAACCGCGUCUUGAAAUCUGCACUCUUCUGCUACGAGCUGAUAUUUAUUUAUCAAUCUUUCGACCAAUCUUGCCGUUUUAUGUUCCAAUGUGUUUGAGCGGAGCAGCUCGAACGCAGUUUUGUUGUGUAGGUCCCGGUUGACGCCGACUGGUAGCUUUUUAUAAACAAACAGCCGAUUGAGGUGAUAUCAGGAUGAAACGUGGUCUCCAGGGAACUAAGCAGGAGGAUGGGGGAGGCACCAGCAGUGGAUCUCUCAAGCGGUCUAGCAAGCAGAGGAGGGAAACCGAUCUUGAUGAAAGAGUGGUCCACUGGGAACAUCUGCCCCAAGAGGUCCUUCUCUACAUCUUCCAGUACCUGCCUCUGCUGGAUAGAGCUUAUGCUUCUCAGGUCUGCAGGGGCUGGAACCAUGCCUUUCACAUGCCGGAUCUGUGGCGAUGCUUUGAGUUUGAGUUGAACCAGCCAGCUAGCUCCUACCUGAAAGCCACACACCCUGACCUCAUUAAACAAAUCAUCAAAAGACACGCCAACCACUUGCAGUAUGUCAGCUUCAAGGUGGAUAGCAGCAGAGAGUCAGCAGAAGCGGCAUGUGACAUCCUCUCUCAGCUUGUUAACUGUUCUCUGAAAACACUUGGCCUCAUCUCCACAGCUCGGCCCAGCUUCAUGGAGCUGCCUAAGUCUCACUUCAUAUCAGCGUUGACGGUGGUUUUUGUGAACUCCAAAUCAUUGUCCUCCCUGAAGAUUGAUGACACGCCUGUAGACGACCCCUCCCUCAAAGUCCUUGUGGCCAAUAACAGUGACACGCUGAAACUGCUGAAAAUGAGCAGUUGUCCUCAUGUGUCACCUGCAGGCAUCCUGUGUGUGGCAGACCAGUGCCAUGGUCUGAGAGAAUUGGCUCUAAACUACCAUUUGCUGAGUGAUGAACUCCUCAUCGCACUCUCGUCAGAAAAGCAUGUGCACCUGGAGCACCUGCGCAUCGACGUGGUGAGUGAAAAUCCAGGCCAGCAGUUCCAUACAAUCAAGAAAAGCAGCUGGGAUGCCAUGGUGCGUCACUCCCCAAAAUUCAAUCUGGUCAUGUACUUCUUCCUUUACGAGGAUGAGUUUGGCCCCUUCUUUCGUGAUGAACUCCCUGUCACGCAUCUGUAUUUUGGCCGCUCGGUCAGCAAAGACGUGCUUGGCCGUGUUGGGCUCACCUGCCCUCGGCUCGUUGAGUUGGUGGUCUGCGCUAACGGGUUACGGCCACUAGAUGAGGAGCUAAUCCGCAUAGCGCAGCGCUGCACACAACUGUCAGCCAUCGGCUUGGGAGAGUGUGAAGUGUCUUGCAGCGCCUUUGUGGAGUUUGUCAAAAUGUGUGGAGACAGACUGACCCAAUUAUCAAUCAUGGAGGAAGUCCUGGUUCCAGAUCACCGCUAUGGGCUGGACGACAUCCACUGGGAGGUGUCGAAGCAUCUUGGCCGCGUCUGGUUCCCUGACAUGAUGCCUACCUGGUAAAGCCGUGCAACAGUUGGAAGCUGCACAGAGAUUUGAGUGCAAGUACGCAUGUGUUGUUGAACAGCCAUCAUUGUUUGCUUGGUAUUGAAAAAAUUAAAUUUUAAGGCAUGGGGAAAAAUGCCAUUUAUUUAGAUUCUAAUCUAAUCAUGCAGGUUCCAAAAGAAACAUGUAAAAUUGUUUUCAAGUCUGCCAUGCUGUUCUUUGUAUAUAUUUUAUAUGUAUAUUUAUAUAUCUUGUUUUUGUUUUGACAAAACAUUAAGCACUUUGGUCUGAACAAUUUACAGAUUUGUCAGGUGUUUUAUUCCUGCGGAUUUUAGGGAUGACACUUUCUGUGGGGAGCAACAGAAUCUCACCUUCCCCUGGAAAUGAAGGGGACAGUAUGGCAGUUGCAUCAUGUACAUCGUGUAUUUAUUGAAUAAUAAAUAAUAAUCCUAUUAUAAUUCCGUUAGGUUGGAUUCCAAAACUAUUCUGCUUUUAAUUUCAUUCAAGUACUAUACACGGGCAGUUAACCUUUGUAAUUACUGCAUCUAGGUGUAUAUGGAUGUGCAAUGUGAAAGAAUGCUUUUCACUUUUAAUGACCAUCAAUAGAGGACAUGAAAAGUUUGCAUAUUUUUGUUGUUGAGGUUAAUACUUCUAAGAAUGUUUUGGGAUGAACUGGAGUCAAUUUGCGUGGUUAAAUAACAUUAUGAAGACGAUAGAUAAAACUGAUCACAUAUAUGCAUUUUUUUUAAAAACAGUAUUUCUUGCUUGAGGAAUUCAUCCGCAUGUGCUUCAACAGAGGGUCACAACAAUUUUUAUCUCUUAAGCUUCACUUCGUAUACAAUAUUUGGCCGUUUUUAUCAUCUAGGCUUCAUCUACCAAUGAAUUCUAAGUUAUAAUAAAUCCCAAACAUAAAAUAAAGGUCAUCUUAAAGGGCACUUUUAAAAUAUGUGAUAGCCAAUUCAUACGACAAUGUGUGUGCUCCAUGUGUGAAAUACUGCAUUGUACAAUAAGAAUUCAUGCUUGAGAACUCUAGGACCUUUAAAAUGUACAAUAAUAGUCAUCAGUAUGUAAGUUUGUAAAAUACAUUUGACACAGUGUUUAUAACAGGCCUCUCUGACAAUACUAUAGGCCUACUGUAUAAGCAGCCUCAUCAGAAGUCAAAAGUCAUAGUAAGGGUUGCAUUGUAUUCAGGAUUAUUCCCCUUACUUGGUGCCACUGUAAAUAUGUGGUUACAAUUACAGUGAAAAUAAUGCUGACUAACAAGUGGAAUAUUGUCAUGUUUCAUGUUUUUUCUUGACAUCAAGUGGGAACAAUACUGGAUUAAGUCUUAAAAUGCACACGGCAUGUCUCAUGUUUGUGGACUCACUGAAGGAUAUCACCCUUGGUCUUUUCAUCAAUUAAAGAAUCCCUUUAAAUCA